GGUUAGAGUCAAAGUGGUGAGGUUUGGAACCGCCACCCGGUUGUGCACUUAUGACCAUGGUUGAGACCCACGGUGGGACGAGCAGUAGCCCCUACACCUAGGAGCAGCAAGAGAAGAUGGCUGCCAUAGUGAGAGAAAACAGAGAGAGGAAGGAGCUCCUUAAGCAAGCGAAGUUGAAGACUAUCGCAGAGGAGCAGGCGACAAAGAUGAAGGAGUUGGAGGAGGAGAUGGAGAAGAAGAAGAAGGCUGCUGAAGAAGAAGCGGCAGCAGAAGCGGAGGAGGAGAGAAAACGAAAGGGAAAGGAAGCAGAGAGCAGUGGCGCGAUGAAAGAAGAAGCAGAGAUGGAGAAAAAAAUAAGUGAGUGGAUUGCUAAUUUAUCGUUGGGGGAAGAUAAGGAGGCCGAGUUCUAUGUCCCAAAGGACGAGAGGGAUGUGUUGGCCAGCGAGCUAGCAGCGAUGGAGGACGCUCUGGAACGAAGGGAAAGAGAAGAGGAGAAGAAAUUAGAAUGGAAGCUGAGGAUGAAGAGAGAAGAAGAAGAGGAGGGAGGAAUAUUGAGAAUGGAUUGGGGAGAGGCAGCAGGAGCCACACUCCACUUGAGAGAGCAUGAGUGUAGGCUCCCUAGUCCAUCAGGCGAUGUUAAGACCGCCUGCCUGUUUCAUGUGUCAGGUGUAGAUAACACCUUGGCACAUUGUUGUCUCACUGCUCCCGCGUUCGCGCGGUUAGUGAAGAAGGAGCGAUUACAGGAACAAGUCUUUGUAGUUUAUGUCAGGCCUGUCACUGAGGCUAAGGAAGAAGUGAUUUCCACAGAUCCAACCAUCACCAAGUUGCUGGAAGAGUUCAAAGACUUGAUUGAGUCGCCGACAGGUGUAGUGCCGCGACCCAUCCAGCAUAGGAUAAAGAUAGAGCCUGGCAGUAGAACUCCUAAGGGAGCAGUCUACAUGAUGUCCCCUAGAGAGUUAGAGGAGCUGCGCAAACAGUUAGAUGAUCUCCUUGAGAAAGGUUGGAUCAGGCCCAGUUCGUCUCCUUUUGGAGCACCAGUGUUGUUUGUUCACAAGAAGGAAGGAGAGCUUCGUAUGUGCAUAGACUAUAGGGGUUUGAAUGUUAUCACAGUGAAGAAUGUUGGACCGCUGCCCAGGAUUGACGAUCUCUUAGAUCGAGUGCAGGGUUGCAAGUAUUUCUCCAAAAUAGACCUGAAGUCCGGUUAUCAUCAGAUAGAGGUCCAUCCUGAUGAUCAGUACAAGACUGCAUUCCGGACUCGUUAUGGGCACUAUGAGUUUAUAGUGAUGCCCUUUGGACUAACCAACGCGCCAACUACUUUUCAGCGUUGUAUGAAUGACCUGUUUAGACCAUGGUUAGACAAGUUUGUCGUAGUCUAUUUAAAUGACAUAUUAGUUUUCAGUAAGACCCUCCCGGAGCAUCAGGGUCAUCUGAGGCAGGUCUUGGAGAAGUUGAGAGAGUCAAACUUCAAGAUCAACGCGAAGAAGUGCGAGUGGGCCAAGACACAAGUCCUGUACUUGGGCCACGUAUUAGACGGAGAUGGCAUUAAGCCAGAGGACAACAAGAUAGCGGCGAUUAGAGACUGGCCAACGCCCCGCACAUUGACAAAGUUGCGGUCGUUCCUAGGCCUAGCCAACUACUACAGAAAGUUCGUGAGGAACUUCUCCACUAUCGCCGCUCCUUUGCGCAGGUUGCUAAAGAAAGAAGCAAUCUGGCAAUGGGACAGAGACUGUACGUCUGCGCUCAAGAAGUUGAAGCACGUGUUAAUAAAGUAUCAUGUCCUCAAAGUAGCUGAUCCGUCCUUGCCAUUUGUCGUCACCACGGACGCAAGUCAGUAUGGGAUAGGCGUCGUGUUGCAGCAGGAUGACGGCCAUGGCUAUAGACCCAUAGAGUUCAUGUCCGCGAGGAUGCCCUCAAAGAAGGUAGCCACCUCGACGUACGAGAGAGAACUCUACGCUCUCAGGCAGGCUCUAGACCAUUGGAAGCAUUACCUGCUUGGGAGGCACUUCAAAGUGUAUUCUGAUCAUGAAACCCUUAGAUGGUUAAAGACCCAGGCCAAGACGACACCUAAGCUAACUAGGUGGGCCACAAAAAUAGACCAAUAUGACUUCGAGCUUAAGCCAGUGAAGGGCAAGUACAACGUAGUUGCAGACGCUCUGAGUAGGAGAUCAGACUACUUUGGAGCCAUAGUACACUAUCUGGACAUAGGGAGAGACCUGCAGGAGAAAGUGAAUCAAGCAUAUGCGCAGGACCCUAUUUAUAGCGACCUCCUAAAGGGAGUUAGAGAGGCCCCAGAGACUGAGCCAGAUUACCGCACUACAGACGGGUUGCUGUUUGAGAAGACUAAUGUGUUCGACCGCCUGUGCGUUCCCAAUAGCGAGGAGAUCUGCAGCCAGAUUUUAGGGGAAUGUCACGACACAGAGGGGCACUUCGGUUGGCAAAAGACUUUAGCCAACCUGAUGCGUGCGAACACCUGGCCAGGGAUGAAGAAUGACUGCAUAGAGUAUGUCCGAAGUUGUAAAGUGUGCCAGAGGAACAAGUCUACUACACGCGUGCCCCUAGGUCUUCUCAGACUCUUGCCUAUUCCGGAUCAGCCGGGAGACUCAGUGUCCAUAGACUUCAUGGAUACCCAAGUCAAGAGCAGACAUGGUAAGAGCCAAGUCAUGGUCAUAGUUGACCGUUUUAGUAAGUAUGCUGUGUUUGUUCCCUUGCCUGCAGAGGCACAUACAGAUUUAGUGAUACAAAAGUUUUUUGACUUUUGGGUUAGCGAGAAUGGAAUCCCAUUGUCAAUAGUUAGCGAUAGAGAUAGUCGCUUCACCAGCCAGAACUGGCAAGAACUCAUGAGAGUCUACGGAUCUAAGUUGUUAAUGUCGUCCGGCCGCCAUCCAGAGACUAACGGUCAGACUGAACAAAUGAAUAAGAUCCUACAGCAAGUUCUGCGCAUGUACAUUAGACCAGACCAGAUCAACUGGGAUGAGAUGUUGCCUAAGGUAGCUAGUGCAUACAACAACAGCGAGCAUUUAUCCACCUGCCGCACUCCCAAUGAGCUGCACAAGUCCUUUAGACCAUGCAGACCAUUCGAAGGACUGAACCGGGAUCAGAUUCACAGACUACCGCCCGGUACUAGGGAGUUUGCAAUACAGCAUGAGAAAGAAUUAGCAACUGUUGUUGAAAACCUCAGGAAGGCCCAGCACAGAAUGAUAGAGUAGGCUAAUAAGCACCGCCGCCCUUCGCAGUUUCAGGUAGGCGACUUAGUAUGGGUCAAGGCUUAAAGAG